GGGGGGAUGGACUGCCAUACCCGCGCCUGAGCACUGGGGGCCCGGGGACAUCCCGCACCCUCGGCUUCUACCUGUUUCCACUCCAAAACAAAGAAACACUUCACAAAUGGAUCAAAAAUAUGAAGAGAGAGAGCUGGUUGCCAUCGAAGCACCAAUGCAUCUGCUGUGAACACUUUACUGCAGAUUCGAUCGAAUGGCACUGCGGGACACGCUGUUUGAAGUCGCGUGCUGCACCCACCAUUUUUUUCAUUUCCAUCUCAUCUACAGGUGAAAUAAGCGGGGAUUUGGAAAUUAACACGGCACCAGCGCGCGAGGGCGGGCGGGAGGGAGGGCGGCCCAGUGGAAAUUCACAACCUGCUGUACGACACACACCAAAUCAAGCCUUCACAAUGAAACAAGAGGUUGGAAUGCACCAACUGCUGAACCAUGAACAGUCCGUAGCCACUGAGGUGCUACAGGUGGAACAUUCAUAUUGUAGACAGGAUACUGUCAAGGCUCAGCUGUGGGAAAAGCUUUCCAGAUUACAGAAGAAGAUAAAGAGACUGCAGCACCAGGAACAGAGAACUGCCACUGAGCUGAAGAGAAUGGAAGUGCUGGUCAAGCAUCUGAAACAAGAGAACUUUAUUUCUGAAGUCAAAAUGAAGAUCAUGGAAAACUGUUUUACACAAUUUGAGUUAACAGUUUUACAAUAAAUGGAUUAAUUGAUUCUGUGAUAUAAAAUAUCAUAGAUUCAAUAUCUGGACAAACAAA